CAAAGCUCUGCUACUUUAGCCACUGAGAUAUGAAAGAGUUUUAAAGCCCUCUUUGUGGCAGAAUUAGGACCUGGGAACUCACUUGAGUCACGAGUCAUGGUUUUGCAAGCAACACAUUUCCAAUUAAACCAUCUCUGAGCUCCAGUCUCUGAACAUUUGCUGGUAUGAGCUGCUGCAACCAUUUCUCCAAGCAUUCAGAUAAAUUCACUAGUUUCUUCCUGAUCUUAAUCUACAGAAUUCUUUAAGAGACCUUUGCAUAAUUGUGGAAAUGCUGUUUCUAACAGCUGAAAUGCAAACUCUUGAGAAGUAUCAAGUAGUUAAAAGACCCACUGAUUUAAAGCAAGGAUAGGAAACUUCAUUUCAUUUGAGGACUACAUUCUGGAGAUUAUUGUCACUGGGCUCCCUUCCCCUCUCGAUCUGCCACUGACUCAUCUUUUCCCUCCUCUUCCCUUCCAAGGGACUGGCUAAAGAGUGCAGAGAACUCUUGCCAGAGGUCAUCCCUAAUUGCUUACAGAAAGCUUACAAGUUGUCACCCCAUGAAGGAAGAAAUCCAGAAAUUCCAAAAGUCUCCUAAUCACUUUCUUUUCCUUCACCAGCAUCGCAAGAAUAAAAGAAUGAAGAUGCUCUCCACUCUUCUUUUUCUAAACAUGCUGCUCGGAGUCAACCUGACACCAUCUGGCCGCCUUUCGUGUUACAGGAAAAUACUGAAAGACCACAACUGCCAUAAUAUCCCAGAGGGAGUGGCCAGUCUUCGGCCGAUUGACAGACAUCUUCAAGAUCAUUUUUGGGAGGGAAAAGGUUGCGAGAUGGUCUGUUACUGCAAUUUUAAUGAACUACUCUGCUGCCCAAAAGGGAUCUUUUUUGGUCCAAAGAUCUCAUUUGUGAUUCCCUGCAACAGCCCGUAAAGAAUACAUCACUUUUCAGAAAAGAUGGCAAGUGGGACCCUGCGGCUGAAGACUGG